UUGAAGGAUCAACACCGCCAUGCAGGCAGAGACAUUCCCAGACCGUUCCGUGGGGGCCGAAACCCCUGAAUUUGCGGUCGCAGAUAUAAUCUUCAGCACCCAUGGAGAUGUUGGGGUGUCUCCAGAAGACAAGCUCAACCAUCCACCACCAUGAGAUCGCACGCUCUUGCCCUCCUGCUCGCCGGCCCGGCGCUUGCGGCCCAGCGCAUUGCCCGCGACGCGAUCCAGACCAUCUGCACGAAGAACAACAUCAUCACGACCGACGACUUCAUCCUCUACAACAAUCUGUGGGGCGAGGACUACGCGACCUCCGGCUCGGAGUGCACCUACCUCGACUACGUCAAGGGCAACUCCAUCUCGUGGCAGUCGUCGUGGACCUGGGCGGGCGGCGCCGACUACGUCAAGAGCUACCCCAAUGCGGUGCUGAACGUGGGCGCGAAGCAGCUCAGCUCUAUCAGCAGUAUUCCGACCAAAUGGUCGUGGAGCUACAUUGGCUCUAACCUCGUCGCCGACGUCUCGUACGACGCCUUCUUCUCAGCCACGGAUUCGACGACCGCGCCCCAUGAGUACGAGGUCAUGGUCUGGCUGGGCGUGUACGGCGGGAUCAAGCCGAUCGGCAACGAGAAUGGGCCGAUCGCCAGCCCGACCAUCGGCGGUCAGACCUGGGAUCUGUACAAGGGUCCGAACGACUGGACGGUGUUCAGCUUUGUGGCCCGCUCGAACAUCGAGAACUACUCCGGGGAUAUCAUGGAUUUCUUCAAUUACCUGAUCAACAACGAGGGCGUCUCGUCGAGUCUGUAUUUGCAGACGCUCGGGGCGGGAACGGAGCCGAAGACGGGGUCCGAUGCGUGGUUUACGGUGGCGCCGUAUGAGAUCAGUAUCAAUGCUUAGACCGCGAUGAUGUGAGGAAUUAGGUCGGUGGAAGGCGUGAAGAGAAAUGAUGGCGUGUAUUUCAAGUCAUCCACUGUGACAAUGAUCGCAAGCAGAGACAGGAAGGACCUCCACGGCUAGAACGAGA